AUGGAGAGAGAAAGGAAAUCCAGUGAUAGGUCUAAUGAAAAGGAAAAUUCGUCUCAUCUAGAAAAAAAGCACCGUCAUUACCAUCGUCACAAGCACCGAGAUGUGAGCAAAGAUUCAGAAAAAUAUGAAGAAAAUUCAAAGGAUGAAAAAUCAAAAGAUACCCCUAAAUCAUAUUCUGAAUUAAGAAAAAAGAGGAAAUCAAGGAAUAAAAAUGAUCACCGUCCAAGUCACAGACGAUCUUCAUCCGAUCAAAAAAAGGAAAAAAACGCUGAAAAAAUAGAUUCUUCUAGAACAGAGAUUACAACUGAUCAGCGGAAGUCUGCUAAAGAGCCAGUUGAUUUGCUAAAAACCCGUACAGGCGGUGCAUAUAUUCCACCAGCGAAAUUAAAAAUGAUGCAAGAACAAAUAACUGACCAAAAUAGCGAGCAGUAUCAGAGAAUAAAUUGGGAGAGAUUAAAGAAAAAAAUUCACGGAACAGUAAACAAGGCGAAUACGGGCAAUUUAGUCGCCGUUGUUCGAGAACUUUUGCAAGAGAAUAUUAUCAGAGGAAAAGGUCUUUUGGCGAGAUCAAUCAUUCAGGCUCAGUCGUUUUCGCCCACUUUUUCCAACGUCUAUGCUGCACUUGUUGCUGUAAUAAAUUCGAAAUUCCCUAAUAUUGGUGAAUUGAUUUUACGGCGAUUAAUAAUUCAAUUCAAACGAACUUUUCGACGUAACGACAAGGCUAUGGUUUUGAAUAUCGUCAUGUUCAUUGCUCAUUUGGUCAAUCAGCAAGUGGUCCAUGAAAUUGUUGCUUUGGAACUGAUGCUUCUUCUGCUAAAUAAACCGACAGAUGAUUCUGUGGAAAUAACCGUUACUUUUCUGAAGGAGUGUGGUGCAAAACUUACCGACGUCUCUCCUCGAGCAGUAAACGCAAUAUUUGAUCGACUUCGAGCUAUUCUUACUGAAGAGGGAAGUAUCGAUGUGAGGGUUCAGUAUAUGAUUGAAGUCAUAACGCAUGUGCGCAAGGAUAAAUUCAGGGCAUACCCUGCCGUUAUAGAAGAACUUGAUUUAAUUGAUGAGGAUGAACAAAUAACGCAUAUGUUGUCUCUUGAAGAAACUUUGAAUCCAGAGAAUGAACUGAAUGUUUUCAAUUUUGAUCCUGAUUUUCAAAAAAAUGAAGCCAUGUACAGUGAAAUUCGUCAAGAAAUUAUUGGUUCAGCUGAUGAAAACUCUGAUGAAGAUGAAGAGGAAAGUGAGGAUGAAGGAAAUAAGACGACGAUAAUUGACAGUACAGAGCAAAAUUUAGUUGCAUUCCGUCGUACUGUUUAUCUCAUCAUACAGUCUUCUCUAGAUUUCCAAGAAGCUGCACAUAAAUUGAUGAAAUUGGAUUUGAAAUCUGGACAAGAUGUUGAAUUAUGUAAUAUGAUUGUUGACACCUGUGCGCAACUACGUACCUAUGAGCGAUUUUUCGGUUUGCUUGCUGAACGUUUUUGUCGACUGCGUAAAGAAUUUCAACAAGCUUUUGAACAAAUAGCUAGGGACACGUAUAACACAAUUCAUCGAUUUGAUAUCACAAAGCUUCGAAAUAUGGCAAGAUUUGUGGCUCAUUUAUUAUGCACUGAUGCCAUUUCUUGGAAUGUUCUAGAGGAAGUUUCAUUAAAUGAAGAAGAUACAACAUCGGCUGGAAGAAUAUAUCUCAAAACGUUGUUCCAAGAAAUAGUGGAAGAUAUGGGUGAAGUAAAAAUAAUGGAAAGAAUACGUGAUCCAAAUUUUACUUUCAGUCAUUGUUUAAAAUAUUCUGCAUUCGAUAAAAUUUUCCCUCGUGAUAAUCCUAACAAUACUCGUUUCUCAAUCAACUUCUUCACUUCUAUUGGAUUAGGAUGUCUUACGUUGGAUUUGCGCGCCCAUCUUCGGAAGAAUUCUCAUAAAAAAGUUCGGAAUUCCGCUUCUGAUUCGAAAGAUUCUAUUUCGUCCAGUUCUAGUUCAUCUAGUUCAUCUAGUAAUUCCGAUUCAAAUUUAUCUGAUGAUUCUUCGGACGAAUCAAAUUCUUCUGGUAAUUCGCAAUUGAAUAAGUUUUUACAUUUAGUUAACGUUUGCAUUUAUAAUGGUUAUUUUUUUCGAAAUCAAUUACCAGGCCAAUUUUUUGGGUGGAAUUGGAAAAAGGUUUUGACUACUAGAUGA